UGGGUGUCUUGGCAGUACUUCUGGGUGCUGCUCCUCACGCGAGCUUUCGUUGGCAUCGGGGAGGCCAGUUACUGCACCAUCGCUCCCACCAUCAUCGGGGACCUCUUCAUCGGAGCCAAACGCACCCUCAUGAUCUCUGUUUUCUACAUCUUCAUUCCCGUGGGAUGUGGUCUGGGAUAUAUAAUCGGAAAUUCUAUUGCCACUGCCACAGGGGACUGGCACUGGGCACUACGGUUGAAUCCCAUUCUAGGCCUGGUAGGCCUCCUCCUGAUCAUAGUGUUCCUCUCGAACCCGGCCCGGGGAGCUGCGGAAGCCCAGUCGAACCCGGCCCGGGGAGCUGCGGAAGCCCAGCCGACCGCGGAGAUGAUGCACACGUCCUAUUGGGAGGACGUCAAGUACCUCUUACAGAAUCGCAGUUUCGUCCUCUCCUCGCUGGGUGUGACGGCCAUGACCUUCGUCACAGGGGCCCUGGCCUUCUGGACUCCCAUCUUUCUGCAGAGGGCACGGGAGGCACUGCGUGGCGGCGGGCGGUGUGCGGAGCACAGCUGUGUCUCCUCAGACAGCUACGCGUUCGGCGCCAUCACCGUGGUAACGGGCAUCCUGGGGGUGCUCAUGGGAUCCAGCGCCUCCCGGAAGCUGAAAGGCCGCGUGCCGCACGUGGACCCGUUGAUCUGCGCCGUGGGCAUGCUCAGCUCCUCGCCCUGCUUCUUCCUCGCCAUCGUGCUGGCCUACGUCAGCAUCCCUGCUGCUUACGUGUUCAUCGCCAUUGGGGAGACCUUGCUUUCCCUGAGCUGGCCGAUUUUGGCUGACAUCUUGCUGUACGUGGUGGUGCCUACGCGGAGGGCCACAGCAGAAGCCUUGCAGAUCACGGUCUGCCACCUCUUCGGCGAUGCAGGGAGUCCUUACCUCCUGGGACUUCUGUCUGACUGGAUAAGGAGGUACCAGCCUGACUCGUUCACCUGGCGGUUCCGCAGCCUGGAGUACAGCUUCCUGCUCUGUCCCUUCGUGGGCGUCUUGGGUGGCCUCUUCUUCCUGCUCACCUCUCUGCAUGUCACCAAGGACCGGAAGGCCGCCGAGCUGCUGGUCGCAGGUAAGGAUCCUUCUGUUCCGAUUGGCCAGUCCCACCCACUACAAGCCCAGCUGCACAGCUCCGUUCUGUGAUUGGUCAGUCUCAUCCGCUGCAUCCUCCCACACCUGGCUGCACAAUUUCUAAGCUGCUUACCCCAAUCCCACCUGUUACACCCUCCUACUCCAGCUGCACGGAUGCAUGCUGUGAUUGGCCAAUCUUGCCCACUACAUCCUCCGACACCAAGUGCAUGGAUGCA